CUGACAGCCCAGCUUAUGCAUGAGCACGGCCCCUCAAGUCACGUGCGUUAACGACAGCCCUCCCACCGCCUCUCAUUGGCCGGCGGGGUUUCCGCGACGUCACGACCCGAUCAGCUGUUUGCAAACUCAGUUGUAGAACAACAAAAGCCUCAGUUGGGAGGCGAGAAGCUAAAGUAAGGGGAGCGCUUUGUCCUUCCACCGGCGACCCUGACACCGUCCCCGCUACUGACACGCGUCUAGAACUACCUCAUUACCGGCAGGGAAACUACUGGAGAAGGGGACGUUCGGAAGUGUUUUCAACGAGCAGUUUGAUACAAAGCUGAUGUGAUGUUUUUUGUAUCUCUAAGCUGAGACCUUCUUUAUGCACUUUAUCACUGCCUGUGCCACCUGGCUGAACCUGAGCCAUCACUGUGAGGACUGAAGAACGGUUAAGAAAGGAACUCUGCAAUGUUCCAAAAGCUCAAUAGUAUGUUUAUGGGCGACUCCAGCAACAUCUUAUGCCAAGAGCCGGAGCUUAGUGAAAAAGAAGACGAUAAUGAAUGGAUCCUGGUGGACUUCAUAGUGGAUGCCUGCACUAGAACACCUGAAGAAGCCUCUACAUUAGAAGAAAUUGUUUUCGUUGAUGAACACCCUAUAUUGUCCUUAACAUCCGGUGCCUUGAAACAGUUUGGAAAUAUUAGUGACUCGUACUUUGUCCAUUUUGAUGCAUGUCCUAUGGAAGAGAGCUGGUUCGUAACGCCACCUCCCUGCUUCACUGCCGGAGAGUUAACCACUAAUGAGGUGGAGACCAGCCCUUUGGAAAACCUUCUCAUUGAACACCCGAGCAUGUCUGUUUAUGCUGUUCACAAUCUUUCUAACAAGCAGGCAGAUGUGUGCGAUUCAGAGCUUGAUAUCUCUAGCAGUUUAGGGUUGGAUGCAGAACUUACAAAUGUGGGCCACCACGUCCGUUGUUAUGUCGCUACCCUCGCAGCUCGAACACACUGUCUGGACCAGGCCAAGACAUUGCACUACACCAAGCUAUCAAAGCAGCAGUUGGAAAAAAAACCUCUUCUGAACCGGAAAAGCCUUAGACGUCAAAACCUCCUUCGAGGUUUCCAUUCACAUCAGGUCAAGCACAGCGGUAUCCUUGUUCACCAGCCUUGUCGGCGUCGGUACAAUUAUUGAGUGUUUGGUUUAAUUCUCUUCGUCCUCACCAACAACAAUAAUACAUAUGUAUUCUUUGGAGUAUGUAUUUUUUAGGAAAGAAUCACAAAUCUUCAUCAGUUCAAGCAGAUCUCGGUGUCAUACCUUUUUGCUAG